AUGGCCUCCAGAGCAGCAAAGGCCGAGGCCCAGCCAUUGGGGGCCCGGGGGCCCCCCUUGUAUGCGGGUGCUGCAGCCCCUGCUGCUGCUGCUGCUGCUGCUGCUGCGGGGGCCCGGGGGCCCCCCUUGUAUGCGGGUGCUGCAGCCCCUGCUGCUGCUGCUGCUGCUGCUGCUGGUGGUGGUGGUGGUGGUGCUGGUGGUGGUUCUGGUUCUGCUGCGCCGGCAGCAGCAGCAGGGGGCCUCCCUACAGCAGCUGGUAGCAGCGGAGGGGGAGGGGCCCUGGGUACUGGCAGCAACGUGGGGGCCCCAGUGGGGGGGGGUACAGCAGCUGGUAGCAGCGGAGGGGGAGGGGCCCUGGGUACUGGCAGCAACGUGGGGGCCCCAGUGGUGGGGGCCCCCCCAGGCCCCACCACUGCAGCAGCACAAUCCUCACCUGCUUCUCGUGUCUCCUCUGUGGAGCUCUUUGCUUCUAGCGACGAAGAAAAUAUGUCCGCUAUCAGCAGCAGCGUAGCGGGGGCCCCCUUGGGGGCCCCCUUGGGGGCCCCUACAGCAACGGCCACCAUGCAGCGUGCGGGGGCCCCGGGGGCCCCCACAGACCAACGUAAAAUGUCCGCUAUCAGCAGCAGCGUAGCGGGGGCCCCCUUGGGGGCCCCCUUGGGGGCCCCUACAGCAACAGCCACCAUGCAGCGUGCGGGGGCCCCGGGGGCCCCCACAGACCAGCGUAAGCAUCUAGGCACAGGGGGCCCCCACCAAGUGCCUGGAGGGCAUCCGGGGGCCCCCCAGUACCCAGGGGGCCCCGUUGCAACGGGGCCCCAGGGGCCUGUGGGUGUGCCAGGGGCGUGGGGCCCCCGGCAGGGGCCCCCAGGGGGCCCCCCUGGGGGCCCCCCCCCUUCUUCAUUCCGUCUGUAG